UUUUAAUAUGAAAAUGUAAUUUUUUUGGUUUUAUACAUUGUACAGAUGAGCAACUUUACAGAUAGAUUAAGGGGACCCCCCGACAUGAUAUGUAACCUCCCUGGCGGUAUUCCUGAGUGUAGCUCGGGGUAAAGUUUCAGUACCACAAGCGGUAACCACAAACUACACUCGGGCUUACCAUGCGGCGCUGCUCCGGGAUCCCUCGAUCACUUACCUUGUCCUGCGCUCCCGUGAUGUCCCUCCUGCAGUGUCUCCAGCAAUGUAAUCCGGCCGAUGCACCUGUCUUCCGGGUUCCAUUCCCUGCGACGUCAGGACGUACGGGGGAUGGAACCGGCGAGAAAUUUGAAAAGAACAAAAUUGACAUUCACUAAAUACACUAA